CCUUGCGAAAGUAACCCAUGUCAGAGUAAUUCUACUUGUCAAGCUGGCUUUACUUUAAAAGGAUACCGUUGUGUCUGUCCACAAGGAUUACGGGGAGAGAAUUGUAAACAAGUCGUUCUGCCUCAGAACUGUUCUCAAGCCCGAAAGGAAACCGGAGUGUACAAAAUUUCAAGUCAUGGUUCAGACCCAUUCCCAGUGUACUGCGAUCAGACAAGUGAUGGAGGUGGGUGGACGAUGAUUUUUAAAUACAUUGGAGGCAUUUCUUCUUCACCGACUGGUAAAGCGUUGUGGAGUUCAUCCAACACAUUAUCAGAAAAUAUCCUCGCUACCUUAGAUACCACUGCAACCUACCAAGGUCACUACAAAAACCGUCUCGUUCAAAAUUGGCAAACUUUUAAUCCCCAAGAGGUUCGUGUAGUGCUUUACACGAAUGGAGCAGAAGUUAUGUCUAUGAAGUUCAAUGCCAGAGGGACAACUAACCUCGACUGGUUUUCACAAAAUAAUCUACUUCAAUCACCAUGGACUGAUCUUAAGAGCGCGGCAAACAUAAAACCCUUUCUCAUCAAUGGCCAUUAUGGGGAACGAAGCUUUGAAAUAACGGCCAGCUACGGAGGAUGUGGGAAUGACGUUGGGUGGUUUGUGAUCGGAGGACCUCACUGUGAUUGGGAGAGAUUUCACCCUGUUCCAGGAAUACUCUUCAGCAAGAAAACUCACAAAAUCACAUGGAAUGAUAACCAAGCGCCGUUAAUUACUUUAAGAAAAACUUUGAGCAAAACUGGCUGGCCUAGAUUAGACCACGUUAAGUUUGCUGUUAAAGAGCCGAUCGACUACGAAGUAGCACAUCUGAUUGCUUGUUUAACAGAUGAAUCGUUAUGGAUCCACACUGAUACACCAUCUCCUGCUACGUCCGUGGAGCGAGAUGCUGGAAGUUCGUCCAUGUUUAAAUUAUCAGCCUGUGUGAAGGCUUUCACAGACCCAAAGGACGAACACUCAAUUAUACACCACUUAUACAUCGUUAUUAAAAUAACUAAACAUUUAAGAGACAUUUCAAAACACCCCCUAAUGAACACAAAAUGCAAUUCAGAACGUGCAGUGUUUAAUUUUAUAGUGUUAUAA